AUGCCGAGAGCGCAGCCAAAACCGAAACCACCAACCCCACCACCACCGGCCCUCGCCAAACCCCCCGCUACCCCCAACCCAAUCCCGACAUCCCUCCGCACGCGCUACUGCAUCCCCGGCUCCGUCUUCCUCGUCGAGGCCAUCGACCGCUGCGUGCCCGUCCCUGCUGCUUCCUCCUCUUCCUCUUCGUCGUCUUCUUCUGCUGCUACCUCGUUGCCCGCGGCAGGUCGCAGUCGUGGUGGCAGCAGCAGCCGUCGUCGCAGCACGACUACCUCUCGCUACCGCGCCGUGCGCCUGCUGCUUGGCGACGGCGAGCUGUGUAUCCAGGCGUUUGUCCGGCCUGAGAUGCACUGCUUUGUCGAUCGGGGCAGCGUGUGGGAGGGGUGUUAUGUGCGGGUGGAUCGGUUUGAGCUUGGGUUUGUGGAGGAGGAGGGGAAGGGGAAGGUGGUGUACUUGGUGGUCGGGGAUUUGGUUACUGUCGGGUGGAAUGAGGAGUAUCUGGCGAUUCUGAACAGGGAAAGAGAGGCGAAGGGUCCGGGAGAGCCUGAGGGUGAGAAGGGGGUAGGGGAUCAGCGGGAGAGCGGUGCUCCAGAAGGGAAAGAGGAGGAGGAGGAGGAUGUAGAGGACCUGGAAGAGGUGUUACAGCAGCUGGUUGCGGAUGCCGAGUCCGGCGAGACCGCUGCACCGGCGUUGCACGACGACGGGACGGCCCAUCCUGUUGCGGAUUCUAAAUCUCCCGCCCCCAAGCCCCCCAUCAAGGAGGAAGCGCCCGAACCCGAAACCGACUACAUCUCCGACUCCGAGGACUCGGCCUUCGAAACCCUCCAAGUGUCCCCCAGUCGGAUCCAACAGCGGCGCAUCGCGGUCGCCGCCCCUGACCCCCGACAGGAAUUCCAAACCGCCAUCAUCCAGCAGAACCAGCACCAGCAUCAGCACCAACACCAACACCACGAAGCCCACCACCACCCACCCCCGGUCCCGAACAACCCUCUCCCCCGCCCUCGGCCCUGGCAACCGACCACCCCUCUCCAGCCGCACAAGCUCACCCCGCUCUCCGCCAUCCCGCACCUCCCCUACCGCCAAAACUGGAUGGUCAACGUGCUAGCCGUGGUGACGGCGCUCGCGCCCGCCGAGCCGUCGCACAUCGCGCCCUCGUACCGGCAGCGCACCGCGCGGCUCGCCGACCCCAGCACGCCCAAGCGCGUGCUCCUCAGCGUGCUGCUCGACCCGGACGCCUUCGCGCCCGCCGUCGGCAGCGUCGUGCUGCUCCUCGGCGUCAAGAACCACGUCGCCGACGGCGGGUCGCUGCGCAAGUACGUCAGCGACCGGCCGAGGGGAGGGCACCGCUGGUGGGUCGAGCGGCCGGAGGGGCUGGGCUGGUGUUGCGAGGAGGCGGAGCGGUUGAGGCUCUGGUGGGAGGGGAGGGGAGGAAAGGUGGAUGAGGUUGGGGAUGGGUAG